AAACCCAUCACACCGUGCAAGGAACUGGAGAGUCAGUGUGUAUUCUCACGAGACAUUAUCUCAGUACUGCAGUAUAGACAUGGAAGCCUUCUUUGGAAGCUGGAAAUUUGUCAGAAGUGAAAACUUUGAUGAGUUUCUGACAGUAGCUGGUAUUGAAGAGGAAAUGAGAAAUGUCAUAAAAGUACUUAAACCAAUCAUCACCAUUUCCCAAGAGGACGACCGACUGGUGAUUAAGUCAGACUCCGUCAUUGGUAAGAGAGAAAAUAAGUUCAGAUUCGGAGAAGAGUUUCAGGAGGAAACAACACCUGACAAAUUUUGCACAAGUGUUAUAAACCUGGAAGGAGAAAAACUCGUCCAGGUGCAGAAGGAUGAGAGUAGAGAGAUCACGACUGUCCGAGAGAUCCAGGAUGGGAAACUGAUCAUGACUCUGACAUGCGAUGAAGUCACAGCAGUAGUUACAUAUGAGAAGGUGUAAAUGUUGGAGAAACCUCCAGCUCUUUCACUGCUUCUUCAUCACUGACCUGCAGUAUGAAAGCAUGUUUCCAAACUAGGAGCAAGAAGAAGAAGACCAACUGUGAACAGAUGCAUGAAUCCUGAUCAUUAUAAACCAAACUCAAUAAAGAAUUUAGGAAAAUA